CUCACUCACUGCACACAUCUGUCUCAACAACCAAAACAUCGAAAGCUCCCCCCCACCCCUCUUAUCUUUCUGCUCCAUCCAUCCAUCCAUCCGCCUGUCAUGUCCCAUUCUCACUCGCCCCGCCAGCACAAACCUCAUCACCAUCAACACCAGCAUCCACAUCAAGACGCCGCCGCUUUACCGGGUGGCCCUCCACGCCAUUCUCUUUCUGCUGCUGCUCUUCCCCUUCAGCAACACAACCACCACCACCACCACCAGCAGGAGCAGCAAAUGUGAAAGCGUUGUCUUCAACGAUCUCUCUCGCUCGGUAGUACUGGAGGGUGCACGCCGCCUGUGGGAGGGAGGGGGAUAUGGCGGAGUACCACUCGGCCAGGUCGAAGACGUCGCAUAUGUCCCGCGGGGAUCGUGUCGCCUGCAUGGCCUCGUUCCACUGGAGGUUGCCGUCUUGUGAGAUCAUCUGCAGCACCGUGUACUUGAUGUUCUGGAAGACAUGGCCAAGGGUAAUGGCCUGACCACACACACACACACACACACACACACGAGCCCCAUCCAUCCAUCCAUCGAUCUCUUUCUCUCUCACCCGUCUAAUGUACUUCUGGAUGACCUCCAGCCUCGUUGGUGCGUCCGCCUCUUCAGGCAGAAAUAUGGCCGGAUUCCACAGGGCCCCCCUGGCGAUCAUGAGGGAGUCGGCCCACCCGACCUCCUUCCUGAACUUGUCGGCGCUCCUGCGCGUCAUAAAGUCACCGUUGGCUAUCAAAGGGAUGGAUAGACUCUCCUUCAGGGGCUGCACUCAUUGAAUCAAUGAGACAGACAGACAACAGACAACGGCACACGAGUGACUAUCUAUCUCUUCUGCGUCAGUCAAUGGUGGGUGGGGUGGGGAAGGCGCCUACUCGGAAGGAGUCCCAUCUGGCGGCGUGGGCGGGGCGUUCGUGCUUCUCCUGCAAGACCAACAAGAGAGACAACACAACCAACACAAUGCCUGCAUAUGACUCUCAUUCUUGAUUCCUCCUGGCACCCAGCCACCCACCCACCCUUGCGUGGACAGCUAUCGCCGCGAUGCCGCAGUCCUCGCACGAAAGGGCAAAGUCAAUCGUCUGCACCACACAAACGCAUCGCAUGCAUCGCAUGACAAACAACAAACACAGGGAAGCACAAGUGAAGAAUGGCGAAUAGCGCAGCGCACCUUCUGCAUGGUGUCGAGCAGUCGGAUUUUGCAGGUGACGGGGCAGGGGAGGUUCCUGCGCAGCGUCUUGAGGAUGUCAGUGGCCACCAGAGGAGUGCUCAGCAACGCGGCACCCAUGCCGCCCUUCACCCUGAUGAUUGAAUAAGUGGAUGGACGAACUUUGUGGGCUGGCUCGUGUCGUGUUUGUGGUGUCUUUUGCCUACGAGAAGCUCUUGGGGCAUCCCAUGUUGACAUCCACCGCACAGACGUCCUGCACGACCUUCUGUGCCCCGAGCAGCGCCUGAGUGGCGUCAGCAGUGCCUGCAGCAUUCUCCCGCACCCUCCCUCUCAAGAGGACGUCGUUCGCCUGCCUCUGCCCGCGCCAUCCCCCUUACCCAGCUGGAAGACGACUUUGCCCCUCUCCUCUCGGUUGGUGCUGAAGACGAAAGUGCCGUCUUUGCGGGAUCUGUACUCGACGGUGUUGUAGGCGUCGUUGUAGGUCCGCACCGUUGACGAUAUCCUCCUGUCGAUGAUCUCCUCGCCGUAUACCAAAUCUGACGCGGCGGCAAAAUAUGUACACACACAGAAAUACAUGCAUGGUGCAUGGCGGAUGGCUGUGUGGGCGGCUGGCUGGCUGCCAGUGGCUGGCUGGGGAAGCACAUCCAUUCCAUUUUGCACCUGCGCCGUAAGAGAGGCACUCGAGCCGCAUUGCCAGGUUUCCCGCAUGCACCUACAGGCAGCAUCAAAACAUGCAUAGCUGGCGUGUGUGUUAUUUCGGUGCGUGUGGUGUGGUGUCAGCAGGUGUGGUGUGGUGUGAUGUGGACUACAGGUGACGUCAGCAGCUGUACCAUUGGCGCGAGGAUGAGCUUUCCCCUGUAGUCCACAUCAGGGUACGUGGCGUGAUCUCUGUUGGUCUCGCGAGAGAUCACCUCAUCAUUCUCCAUCCUUCCGCUUCACAAACCACGAGAAGGCCCCCAUUUUCCCUUUUGCCUCUUUUUCCCUC